AUGGAGCUUGUUUCACGCCAAACACGUCACGCUCCUGGACCCAAAAGGAUUCUUCCUCUCCUCCUCUUCCUCUCCUCCUCGUCGCUCUCCGUCGGCGUUGGCAGCUCAAUGCCCGGAUCGGAAUAUGACUACGGUUCCCACACCAGGUUCAUCUGCACCCCCAUUCCGGCCGACGCCGACCCCGGCUGUUUCCCGAACCCGGGAGGUGGUCCUGCAGGCUCCGGGCCCGGCAGCGGUCACCACGGCGGUGGGCCGGGCGGCAACGGUUGGUGGGGGAUGUCGGAGGAGGCGAAGGCGACUAUCCUACACCUGCGGGAGAGCCUAGUCCAGCAAAAAGAGACCAUACUGGACCAGAGAGAGACCAUACGCGAACUGACCGCCAAGCUGACCCUCUGCGAAGGUUUCGGCCGCGGCGUUAGCGCCAGCGACGACGACCGCCGCCACGGCCCUACCCACCCGGCUCACCACGCCCUCCCGCACCACGCCUACCCGCCCGACGGCGGUCACCACGGCAACCACGCGUCGGAGCCGCACUACGGCGGGGUCGGGGGUCACCACCAGCGGGGCAAGACGGCGGCGCUAACAGACAAACACGCGACGGGGGAAAUGUCAGCCCUUCCUCUGUCCACGCCAGAGCAAAUGGGCAGAAUGUUACAGUCCCUGAAAGAACGACUGGACAACCUGGAGACGCGGAACACCUCCACCACCUACUCCAGUUCCCUCAAAGACCUGUUACAACGCAAGAUCAAUGCCCUGGAGCAGCAGCUGCAGCAUUACACGUCAUCUACCAAUCAGCACGACUACGACAGUGGUCACCACGGCGAUGACCAUGCUGAUGGCCACCAUGAUGACGUGCACCACAGCGAUCACCACGAUGACAGUCACCGCGACGACAGCCACCACCACGACGACGGUCACCAUGAAGAUGGUCACCAUGAUGACGGUCAUCACGAAGAAAGUCACCCUGACGACGGUGAUCAUGACGACGCUCAUCACGACGACACUCACCACGACGACGGUCACCAUGACAGUCACCACAACGACAGCGAUCACAGCGAUGAUCACCACGACGACGAGGAGCACCACGACGACGAGGAGCACCACGACAACGAGGCAGAUGGAUAUGACUAUCCAAGGACGUCCUAUCAGUCACAGGGACACAGGAAUACGUUCAACGGGGUGCAUAGCAAACUGGAUGCUGUUCUGAAUCACCUGCAAAACAGGCUUUCAGACACAGGCCUGCGGAGGAAGGGUGCUGCCUCAGAGUCGUUCCAGAUCGGUUUCCCCAUGCGCACCAACUACAUGUACGGCCGCGUGAAGCGGACGCUGCUCCACGAGAUCUUUGCCUUCACGCUGUGUCUGUGGCUGAAGGGAGGAGCAGGACCUGGACUGGGAACCCCCUUCUCUUACUCAGCACCCGGACAGGCCAAUGAACUGGUGCUCAUAGAGUGGGGCAGUAACCCUAUGGAACUACUCAUCAACGACCAGGCGGUGACGCUGCCCCUCUCUCUGAGCGACAGUAAGUGGCAUCACGUGUGUGUGACGUGGUCGACACGCGACGGCCUGUGGGAGGCGUAUCAGGACGGAGUGAAGAGAGGCUCCGGCGACAGUCUCUCCCCCUGGCACCCCAUCAAACCCGGGGGAGUCUUCAUCCUCGGACAGGAACAGGAUACGCUGGGCGGUCGUUUCGACGCCACGCAGGCGUUUGUGGGCGAGAUCUCCGACGUGCAGAUGUGGUCUCACGUCCUCACCCCUCACGACAUCUACGGCCUGGCGUCCUGCGGCGGUCACAUGACCGGCGACGUCAUCGCCUGGGCGGAGUCCGUCGUGGAGCUGCACGGCGGAGUCACCAAGUACCCCUUUGACCCCUGCUACUGA